AUGCCCAACAAAAAAUCGCGUUUUCUUCCGGUGUUCUCGGUGUAAAACCGACGUAUUUUAGACACGUACAGAUGUAUUAUAUAAUAUAAACUUUCAACGGAUAAAUAAGUUACAUACGAUUUUCCACAUUUCGCAGACGAAUUUAUGAACGAGACUUGAAGCAAUCUGCAAUAUUACAGUUCAAUAUACAGAGUGUAUCAGGACUAUUUGACAUUCUUACAUGUAACUCUAAUGUAAAAUGCCAAAUAGUCCUGUUACACCCGGUUACACGUGUUUUUUUUUUUUUAAUUUUAUUUUUAGAUUCGGUCCGCAAUGAACCGAGCCUUUUGGUGUUUGUUGCUGGCAGUGACGUCGGGACGACCGGAUUGCGGUGAUGCCGCUCAAAUCCUAGCGCUAAUGCCGUUGGCGGCCAAGAGUCACUGGAACGUGGUGGACGCGGUGCUGCAGACGCUAGUGGCCGGCGGACACAACGUGACCGCGGUGACGCCGUUCCCCAAGAAGAAGUCGAUCGCUAAUUACACGGAAGUGGACGUAUCUCGGUUGGUUCCGUCAGGCGUCAGUGUGUCCUGGGACAAGGUCAUGGGAGAAUGUUCGGUGGCCAACAAUCUUCCGUAUCUGUCCGGCCGGCACAGGCUCAUGUGCAAGACGGUGUACGAACACGACGAAUUUUGGCGUGCCGUCGAUUCAAAUAAGUAAUAAUUUCACUCGUAUAUACAGGGUGUUUCAAAAAUAAUAACCGUGCUAUGCUUAAAAAAUGGCGAUAUUAUUGUCAUAAAUAUAAAAUAUGUGUUCUAAAUGUUUUAACAUGGGUUUCAUUAAACAUCUUAAAUCGGGUUUAUUGAAUCGGCUCUGAAAUGUACUUACAUGAAAAAUCACAAUAUUUCAAAAAACUUGGACGACAAAGAAUCCACAUAAAUAAUGUUCUUACUUCUUACAUUACUGUUUGAUAAUAAUGAUAAUACUAUGUAGAUUUACUAUAGGAAUUAUCGAUUUUAUUUAUAAAUACCUACUUAAAUUAACAUAAAUAUGGAACGAUUAUUAUAAAAAAAGCUGUCCCAGAAUAAUGGGAACGGGUGAAGCCACUGUUGUAGGUGGGAAGUUGGGAAGGUAGGAUAUAUACGAUAUUUCAAUGUAUAUCUAUAGGCAACGAUUAACCAUUGUUAACGAAAAAACGAUUCUCAGCGGAUAGUUUUUUGGUUGCUUUGUUUUCAAUAUAUAUGUCAUAUUUUAGUAAAAUAAUUACAUAUGCGUUAAAAAUUUUCUUUAAUAAUCUGUUUAAUAUUGUGCCUAUUUUCCCAUUCUAUCAGUUUUCCCAUUUUUCCCCCGUUUUAAAAAUAAGAAUUUCGAAAAAAAAAACAUUCAACUAAUUAGCAUUAGAUAUGACUUGUUCAUUACAGAGCUUCUGGCAUCGUCCUGCGACGCGUACAUCUCGUAUUAUUUAAAAGUCCCGCGGAUAGUUAUCGCCUCCAGCCACGUGCACACGUGGUAUCAUCACACGUUCGGCAGCCACAUGAACCCCGCGCACGUGUCCACGUACCACGCGCCGUUCGCCGUGCCCGGAAACUUCGUCCAGCGAAUGGCGAACGCUUACGAUUACCUGUACUCGCACGUGGUAUUCAGGUGGGUGGACCGCGAAGCCACGGCCAUCGGUCGUAAAUACUUUGGGGCCGACGCGCCGGACGCGGACACGUUGAUGCGGGACACGUCGCUGGUGUUCGUCAACGGGCACCGCACCGUGGAUCUGGCGAAACCUUUGUUGCCGAAUUUCGUGGACAUCGGCGGGAUACACUUGACGCGGCCGGAACCGCUGCCCCGAGUAAGUACCCGACUGAAAAAAAAAAAACGUUCGCCACCCGUACGCGUACGUUACCGACGCCGGUGAAAUGCAGUUGAGCACGGUCCCUAUUUUUUAACAACCCGAUUGAGCACAGUCGAACGAAUGCACCGUUGCCAAUUGUUUUGUCUGUCUACAACUAAGCACCGACAUACAUGGGUCCUUUGAAACAAUCGUAUACUACUACUAUACUCGUGUAAAGCCGGAAUGAAUAUUCGUCAAUUGUUAUGCUUUUACGGUCAAUUGAAACUAUAACAGUCACAUAAAUAUGAGUUUUAUUGAAGGCGAAAAAUUAAAGGAACUAUAAUGGUUUACGACUAAAAUAUUUAUUAAUAACGGGAAAUAAUUAUUUAGGGAUAUCAAAUGUUAAAUAUUAAAAUGUAUGAUUUAUUUUUUAUGAUGACAUUUAUAAACAAUAUGUUAAAUAUUAUAUUUAAGGACAAAAACGAAAACAGUAUUUAAAAAUAUAUAUGAAAACAGUAUUUAAAAAUAUAUAUGAAAAUUGGGACAUAAGUAUUUUUUAAGUAAAAAAAAAUAUUGACACGCUUAUCAUUUAAUUUAUAAAUAAUAAAAACGACUAUGUUGAACGUAUUAUCGUGCUCGAUCGGGCCGUGAAAAAGGUAAACUGUGCUCAAUCGGGUUGCAGUCAUUACCGUACGUUUCUCGUUUAGGACAUUGAACAAUUCAUCGACGGCUCCCCGAACGGAGUCAUAUAUUUUACGUUCGGAUCCACCAUGAAAAUGGAGACGGCGCCGGAGCGUUUGCAAAACGCGUUCGUGGAAGCGUUGAGGGAAAUACCGCAAAGAGUAUUGUGGAAGUACGAAAACCCGAACCUCAGCAAUUUGCCGAAAAACGUGCUCGUAAAUAAAUGGUUUCCUCAAAGAAGUAUAUUAGGUGAGACAGAAUUAAAUGACGUUUAAUCUACUUAGCAAAUCUAUAUAUUUUUAUAAUUAUCAAUUUUUUUUUUUUUUUUUUAUGUAUAACCCGAGUAUUCGACAAAAAUUAAUAUAUUUUAUUAUCGCACGUGUAGAAUGAUGGUAUUUUUACGUGUGAGGGAGGUGUGUUAUAGGUGGAAAAUUGAAAAAGAUUUAGCUCGGCCGAUCAAAUAUUAUUUUGUUUUUCUCCCCAGAACAUAAAAACGUAAAAUUGUUUAUAUCCCACGGCGGCAUGUCCGGAAUAUACGAAGCCAUCGACAGCGGAGUUCCUAUACUGGGAAUCCCGUUAUUUUUCGACCAAUUUCACAACAUCGCGAACAUCGUGCAUUGGGGUUCGGGCGUGAUGUUAGACCACGAAACGCUGACCAAAGACAUAUUGGUGAACGCCAUCAGAGAAAUGAUCGCCAAUUACGACAAGUGAAUCUCGUUAAUAAUAAUUUUAUAAACCGCACAGUAAUAAUAAUAAUAAUUGGUUAUUCAAAUGAUUAAAAACGGGAAAAUGCCCAAUAGUACAGGUAUUAGAAUACAUUUUACAAUAAAUUAAUGUACAUAAUGUAUAACAUUAAAAUUCUUAAUGUUAAUAAACCAGAAUAUAAACCAAAUAGAUUAUAAAAGACAAUAUUACAUAUUGUUGAUUAAGUAUAUUUUAUGAAUUGUGACUAAUUGAGAACACAUUAUACAAAGUUAUAUGGCUCUUGGAAUUGGAGAGUUUUUUUUAAAUAAUUUGUGCUGUGUGGAUGGCAAGUAAAGCAUGAUGGUGGAUCGAUUAUUAUAAAGUGGAAUGUUAAAUGGAAUAAUUUUUAGUAGUAAAUAAGGGGCAUCGAUGUAGUUAUUAUUUUAUUGAUUUGUAUAGAAAAGAAAUGUCAGCUAAAUCACAUCUAGAGGCUAGAGUAGGAGGGUUCUUAUUGGCGAAAAAUCGUACUGGAUAAUGGUACCGAUUAAAUUAAGGAUCGUGUAUUAUAAUUAUAUAGUAUAAUUACGCAAUAUCGGAGCCUGUAAUAACCGAACGCUUUCAAAGAAAAAAUCAUAUUAUUGGUCUCGUAUAAUAAUGUUAAAUUUAUAAUCGAUUAAUGUAUAUCCGUUUGUAACGCUAUUGAAUUUUGCACAUAUAGGUAUAAGUUAAAUGCGAUGGAACUCUCAAAAAGAUUUCAAGACCGGCCGAAAACGCCGAAAGAAGAGGUUUUAUAUUGGACCGAAUACGUAAUCAAACACAAAGGCGCCCCCCAUUUAAAAUCGGCUGCCCUCAAUUUGUCCUGGUACCAGUAUUUAUUGAUUGACGUUCUAAUGACCACUGUGUCAAUUCUGUUAAUUUGUUCGUGUGUUAUUUUUAUGACGAUCAGAUAUUUAGCGAAACAAAUAUGUAGUCCGAGUAAAUCGAAAAAAAAGCUAAAUUAA